AUGAUGCAAUACCUUGGAAACUCGCUCAGGGCCCAAGCUGUAAGUGGUCGCGGAUUCGCCGUCUUUCCCGCCUCUCGUACUGGAGAGUCGAAUCAGAUUAGCAAGGCGUCAUCGAUAGCAAACGCCCGACUCGGGGCCGUCGCAUCAUCACCGGGACACCGGGACCAUCCGGCGGCGAAGCCCCAGCUGUGAAUGUUCGUCAACGUAUUGAUCUUGCGUCGUCACUCGUUCACAGCGUUCGUCGAUGCGUUCGUACGCAACCUCGGCCGGUCCUUCGGCUUCAUCGCGGGACCUCGCUCCUAUCCUCCUCGGCCUCGGCGUCGUCAGUGCCGGUGCCUACUACUACAGCACCCUUGACGGAAGUCAAAAGGUCCAACAAGUCAAGCAAGCCGUUGUGGCCGGUCCCCCCGCCUUGACCAACAGCGAUUUCAAGUGGGUUUUCCUCGAAACCUCCUUAAAAAAGUCCGAAGCCGACCCCUCACCCACUUUGACUCGCAGGCCCCUCAAAUUGGUCAAGGUCACCCCUUACAACCACAACACAUCCACGUUCACGUUCGAGCUCCCCGAGGGCACCUCGUCCGGACUGACCGUCGCUUCGGCUCUCGUCGUCAAGGCGGCAAAAGAGGGCGAAGGCUUGGCCCAGAACGGCAAGCCCGCCGUUCGACCUUACACCCCUAUCACCGAGCCUUCUACCCAAGGAAAGCUUGUAAGUGCUCAUCUUGCACUAGUUCUUACACCUUGGUAGCCAGAUGAUGCACCGCCCAAGUGCGGUUCGGGUCAAGAACUCACCCGAGGGGCACACCUUCAUAGGAUUUGUUGGUCAAGCACUACAAGGGUGGAGCCAUGACGGAGCACAUCUUUAGUCUCAAGGAGGGUGACGACCUCCUGUUCAAGGGACCCAUCCCCAAGUUCCCCUACAAGGCCAACCAGUUCGAGGUGAGUUGAUCGGCCACAGCGUUCUCAAGCCGCUCCGACGAGCUAAUUUGUGUAUGUCGGCCGUUUCCCUCACAGUCGAUUACUUUGAUUGCUGGUGGGAGUGGGUUGACGCCUAUGUGGCAAAGUAAGCAGACAGAUAGAUCAGCCAGCAUCUCCGGUCGCAUCGCUGCUCAUCGCAAGGGUUCGCUUUCGUGAUUUCACAGUCCUCCAACAAAUCGCCAACGACCCCAACGAUAAAACAAAAGCUACUUUGAUCUACUCGAACGUCACCGAAGCCGAUAUUCUCUUGCGCAAGGAACUCGGUAGGUCAAAAAUCUCGCCAGCCUCAUUCGGCUCCUCGGCCUUCAAGCCACUGACGCGCUCAUCGUCGAUAAUUUUUCUACAGAGGCCUUCGCCGCCAAGCGACCCGGUCAAAUCAACGUCAAGUUCGUGCUCGAUCAACCUCCCGCUGGGUGGACUGGUGCCAAGGGCUACGUUGACCAGAAGCUGUUGGCGCAAAGUCUGCCUGGCCCAGCGUUCGGUGACAAGAUCAAGGUCCGUGCGACGCAUCGCCCUAUUUCGCUUUCUCCUCACUCUGGCUGAUCAAUCAUCCUUUCAUAAAAAUUUCAUCGUCGAUAGAUCUUCGUCUGCGGUCCCCCUGGCCAAGUCGCCGCCCUAGCCGGUCCCAAGGACAAGAUGGAGCAAGGCCCCCUGAAAGGCAUUUUGGCCGACCUGGGUUACACCGAAUCGCAGACGUACAAAUUCUAG